GGUUUUAUCACAUUCUGAACUAUAAAACCAACUUACAUCGUUUAGGUUUAGCCAGAAAUCGAAGAACGGUCUAUAAGACAACACUGUACUACAGUUUAAGAAAGAACACAGCAUUAAGAAUGAAAUUCCUUGCGUCGAUCUGUUUGGCAAUUUGCCUUUUCGUCGUUGCGUGUCAUGGCGUGCCGGUGGAAAGAGAAACACUGCUUAGUAUUGAAGAGGCACAGCCAGAGGCGGUGGUGGAGGAGCAGCCACAACAACUGAGACGUGUGGCGCGUGGUUUCAUCGGUGGCUACGUCGGUUAUCCUGGCUUCGUCUAUGGUGGUUACCGCAGUUAUCCUGUUUACAGUGGAUACAGAAGUUAUCCGGUUUAUGGUCCGGUUUAUGGUCCUAGAUAUAGUAGUCACCCAGUUGGUGGCUACGGUGGAUCUUACGCGACUGCCAGUGCAAGCGCUAGUUCUGGUAGUUACUUUGGAUAAGUUGUUACACUUGGUGUGUCAUUACUUACUUACUGAAAUAAAUUUUAAAAAAUA